UCUCGCUUCCUCUUCCUUCCCCUUAUGCUUUUCGCAGUGCUCGGAGCUCCGAGCGGACUUGGACUUGGCUGGAGUCGCAUUGCGGGAGCAGUUGCUGGAGCUCGUUCCGCCUCGCUCUCAGGCGCCGCCGCAGCCCUGCUCCUUUCAUCUGCCGCGCCAUCGUCUCACCGUGAUGAGCAUGGUCGCGCAGUGCAAGCGCGGCGCUCGCUGAGCUCGGCUGCAGCUCCAUCGUCCUCUUCGUCCUCCUCCUCCUCCUCCUCGUCCUCCGCUUCGCCCGCAACCGCCACGCCCAAGCCAGCGCCGACUGCAGCUUCGGGACCAGCGUCGAAUUCCCCAUCGACGUCGGCCGCGCAGCCGACCAUCACAAACACAGACAUCAUUCGCACGAUGGCGACCUACCUGUGGCCCAAAGACGAGCCUGCGCUCAAAGCACGCGUCGUCGCUGCCGUCGUCCUGCUCGUUGGCUCCAAGGUGCUCAAUGUGCAAGUUCCGUUCUUGUUCAAGACAGCUGUGAAUACGCUCAACAUUCCAGUUUCCGAGAUGGCAGUGAACAACACGCUGACGGUUGCCGGAACAAUCCUCGUGGGAUAUGGCAUUGCUCGACUGGGCUCGGCUGCGUUUGCGGAAUUGCGGAAUUCCGUGUUUGGGAAGGUCGCACAGCACGCAAUUCGACGGAUUGCCCGGAACACCUUCGAGCACAUGCAUGAACUCGACUCAAAGUUUCACCUGAAUCGACAAACAGGCGCGCUGGUGCGUGUCAUUGAUCGCGGCACGCGUGGCGUCAACUUUGUUCUCACCGCCAUGCUCUUCAAUGUCGUGCCAACUGUUCUCGAGCUCGGCAUGGUUUCCACCAUUCUGGGACUCAACUAUGGUGCUGCGUAUGCUGCCAUUACCGUCGGAUGCGUUAUGGCAUAUACGGCGUUUACUCUUAGUGUGACCGAGUGGCGCACUCAAUUCCGCAAGCAAAUGAACCAAGCAGACGAGCAGUCUUCAACAAAAGCUAUUGAUUCCUUGCUCAACUUUGAAAGUGUCAAAUUGUUCAACAACGAAAAACACGAGGUCAACCGCUAUGAUGGCUUGCUGGCCAAGUACGAACAAGGCGCCUUGAAGACAAACUCGUCGCUGGCGCUCUUGAACUUUGGCCAGUCGGGUAUCUUUAGUGUCUCGCUUGCCGCGAUCAUGCUCAUGGCAAGUCAGGGCAUUGCCAAUGGAACUUUGACUGUCGGUGAUCUGGUCAUGGUGAACGGCCUGCUAUUCCAGCUAUCCAUGCCGUUAAACUUUCUUGGUACGGUGUACCGAGAAGUGCGCCAAUCGCUGCUUGACAUGCAAGCCAUGUUUGGUCUGCUGCGGCAACCGCCUGGUGUCGCUAACAAACCGGACGCAACAGUCUUGAAUUGCACCAAGGGAGCCAUUCGAUUUGAAAACGUUGUCUUUGGCUAUGGAACCUCGCACAACAUCCUCCAAGGACUGACUCUGGAUAUUCCGGCUGGCCAAAAGGUUGCUUUCGUUGGGCCUUCCGGAUGCGGAAAAUCGACCGCCUUGAAGCUCUUGUACCGCUUUUACGACAUCCAAGCCGGCAAAAUUUUCAUUGAUGGUCAGGAAGUCCGGGAUGUCACGUUGAACAGCCUGCGGUCGGCAAUAGCCGUCGUCCCUCAGGACACCACCUUGUUCAAUGACACGAUUUACUACAAUAUUGCGUACGGUCGCCUGGGCGCGACGGAGCAAGAAGUGCACGAAGCCGCCAAGCACGCCGACAUCCACAACACAAUCAUGAAGCUGCCAAAGGGAUACCAGACGCUUGUCGGCGAGCGCGGUCUCAAGCUGUCGGGCGGCGAGAAGCAGCGCAUUGCGCUUGCACGCGCAGUGCUCAAGAAUCCGCCCAUCAUGCUCUUCGAUGAGGCAACCAGUGCCCUUGACACUGUGACGGAGCGAAAUGUGCUGGGAGCGCUUCGCCAAGUCGCCACCAACCGCACUUCGAUCUUUAUUGCACAUCGCCUGUCGACUGUGGUGGAUGCUGAUCAAAUCUUUGUCAUGCAAGAAGGCGUGGUCACGGAGCGGGGAACGCACUCGGAAUUGCUUGCCCAAAAUGGGUUGUAUGCCAUCAUGUGGGAGCAACAACAGCAUCAGCCGCCAGAAGCAGACGAGCCCGAAGAGCCCGAGGAACCCCAUCCAGUUGCAAAUUCCCCGACUGCAGCUGUCCCGCUAACGGUUGCGAAGCCAGUUGCAUAGGUCGAGUCGAUCUAGAUCGAAGCUUCGUAUUUUGUUGCUUAUGGGCGUGAUUUUCCAUGGCUUCCAAUCAUUUGAUUUUGAAUUAAAGUGCGAUAAAUGACACA